CACACAGCAACAGACUUCAGUGUCUCAGCUUCAGUGGAUUUAUCUGCCUUAGACAAUUAUUUCUCUUUUUUUUCUCACAUUAAGUGAAAGAAAAAAAAAUGGAUUUGACCACAGCUCCUUAUGACUACUACGACUAUGAGGAGGCAGAGAACUCCACUAUGUGUGACUAUUCAGAGUGGGAGCCGUCAUACUCUGUCAUCCCAGUGCUCUACAUGCUCAUCUUCAUCCUGGGCCUCUCAGGAAAUGGAAUUGUCAUCUUCACCGUGUGGAGGGCUCAAGGAAAGCGUCGAGCUGCUGACGUCUACAUCGGCAACCUUGCUUUGGCUGAUCUUACCUUCGUGGUCACUCUGCCUUUAUGGGCUGUUUAUACAGCCAUGGGCUACCACUGGCCCUUCGGAGUAGCCCUGUGUAAGAUCAGCAGCUACGUGGUGCUUCUCAACAUGUAUGCCAGCGUCUUCUGCCUCACGUGCAUGAGCUUUGACCGGUAUCUGGCCAUCGUCCACUCCUUGUCCAGCUCCCAGCUGCGUACCCGAGGUCACAUCCGAGCGUCGCUUGCAGCCAUCUGGGUCCUGUCAUUUCUGCUGGCCGCCCCAACUCUUCUCUUUCGCACUACAAGGUAUGAUCAGCAAACCAACCGCACAUCUUGUGCCAUGGACUUCAGCCUGGUUCUGACCAAUAAGGAGGAAGAGAACCUGUGGAUCGCCGGUCUCAGCAUCUCCUCCUCAGCUCUCGGCUUUCUCCUUCCGUUCCUGGCGAUGAUGGUGUGCUACUGCUUCAUCGGCUGUACUGUCACCCGCCACUUCAACACCCUGCGUAAAGAGGAUCAGCGUAAAAAGAGGCUGCUAAAGAUCAUCACCACCUUGGUGGUAGUGUUUGCUGUGUGCUGGCUGCCCUUCCACCUUGUGAAGACAGCGGAUGCCCUGUCAUACGUGGAUCUGGUCCCUGCCACCUGUGACUUCCUGCGCUUUUUGCUGCUGGCUCACCCCUACGCUACCUGCCUGGCCUACGUCAAUAGCUGCCUCAAUCCCUUCCUUUAUGCCUUCUUUGACCUGCGCUUCAGAUCUCAGUGCCUGUGCCUCCUUAACCUGAAGAAGUUCCUGCAUGCCAGCCCAAACAGCUCUCUUUCCUCACAGAAAACAGAAGCUCAGUCUCUGGCCACAAAAGUGUGACAACAGUGGUUGAAGAGAUGUGCACUGCAAAAAGGGCAGGUUGAAAGACAAAACUUUGCAGCAUCGUCUGCUAUCGGUUUCAGGGUGUCACCUUUGCCCGGCUGCCCCACACCCCCUCGGCCUCUGACUGCGUGGACUGAAGAGGUCUGAAUGUUGUUGAUGUGUGGGGGUGCUGGUCACACCGAAACUCCAGCCACUCUCUGAGUGGCAGGCCAGUGAAACUGAACAAGGAAACCAUAUAAAACUCUGUUGUUUGAGGAUAAACAUGGGCUAGAUGCUCAUGAAAUCAUCUUGGCUCUUGUGUAGACUUUGUGAACAGGACAAGCUGUGCUUUCAUCUGUGAUGUUCAUGUUGUAAUUGGUCAGAAGUUGAAGACUGAUCCAGCCGGUGGUAUCUUACCCCUGGCUGGCAGUGUCACGUCUCCGAGUGUGCAUGUAGGAAGGGUGUGCCAAUCAGCAAGGAAGGUGUUGGAGUUAGAUAAGAUGUUGUAAAUUGUAAAUUUGUGUGUGUGUGUGUGUGUGUGUG